AUGCAAUUCGGUUCACCAGAAGAAGAUGCAUAUAGAAGGGAUCUUACAAUCAACACCUUGUUUUACAACAUCCAUACAUGUUUAGUUGAAGAUUUCACAAAAAGAGGGUUGGAUGAUUUGAAAUUUGGGAAAAUCGUGACACCAUUGCCACCAAAAGUGACGUUUUUGGAUGAUCCAUUGAGGGUUCUUAGAGCAAUUCGUUUUAGUACAAGGUUUGGUUUUGAAAUGUUGGAAGAGUUAAAAGUUGCAGCUUUAGACAAUGAUGUGAAAUCCGCAAUUUUGGGUAAAGUUAGUAGAGAACGAAUUGCCUUUGAGAUUGAUCUUAUGCUGAAAGCUAGUGAUGCACGUGAUGUUAUGAGGUUGGACGAUGGAGUCGAGAAGUUUUUGUGUUUGAUUCCAUUCGUGUUAUCCAAUGAAGAUAUGAAUAAAAAUGAUUUGAAAAUUGAUUUGAUUGAAGUUCCUGUGAAAUUGAAAUCAAGGAUCUUGUUGGGUUUGGUUUUGAGGGAAAUGAAAGAUUUGUGGAGGGUUGCAUUGAUGCUUUCGAGUAUUGUAGGGGGAGAAGUGGAGAAAAGGAAGGAAGUGUUUAUGGAGGUUGAAAAAGAAAUAUUGAAAUUAGGGUUGGAUAAAGUAUGGGAAGUCAAACAUUUGGUUGAUGGGAAUGAUAUAAUGAGACAUUUGGAGCUUGAAAAAAGUGGGCCCGUUGUUAAAAAAUGGUUGCGGAAUCUUCGACAAUGGCAACUUGCUUAUCGUUAUGGAAGUGUAGAGGAAUAUUUUGAUUGGAUGAAGAGCCAAAUGGAGAUGUAG